GGACACGCCCCCGAAAACGUCAUUGUGAAACUUGCGUUUCAGGCUGAGCAGAAGAGCAACAGACUUGAAGCAGGGUGCUGGCAAAGACGCGAUGAAGAUGCAAAGAUAGCCCUCUAACGACGUAAGGAGGUGUCGCACGUUAUCCACCACAACAGCAGGGGGCGGCAGAGGAUAAACACACAGAAUGACAGUCAAACGGUGGUCGCGUGGGUGUAUGUGAGUCGGUGGUGCUUUGUGGUUCCGCCCCCAAGCACACCUGCCGCCAAUCAGACAGAGUUAUCAGAGUUGUAGCAGGAAACAAGAUGGCAGAGGCGGCGGCGCCGGAUCUGUUCACGGAGCAGGAACUUACCUGCUCUAUUUGUCUCGACCUCUUCACUGACCCCGUCUCCACGCCGUGCGGACACAACUUCUGCCAGGCAUGUAUUGGCGGGUACUGGGCAUCGACCAGCACGUGCACGUGUCCGCUGUGCAAACAUGGCUUUGAAGAGCGUCCACAACUGAGUAUCAACAAAGUUUUCGCUGUGAUCACGGAGAAUUACAAAAUUUCUCGUUAUGGCGCCGCCGCCGCCUCAUCCAGCGUGCCGUCCAGCACCAACCCGUUUGUUACAAAGUCCGACGAGGACAUGGUUUGGUGCGACGUGUGCACGGGGAUCAAGCAGCCGGCCGUCAGCUCCUGCUUGACAUGUACGGCGUCCUACUGCAGCGAACACAUCCAGCCGCAUCACAAGACGCCGUUCUACGCCAAGCAUCCUCUUAUGGACCCGCAGGAAGCACUCAGGGGACGUACUUGCAAACUACACCGCCGGCUACUGGAGGUGUACUGUCGGACUUGUCAACGUUGCAUUUGUGCCAUCUGCGUGCUGGAGGACCACCGAACUCACCAGACCGUGUCGGUCCAAACGGAACGACUCAGCAAACAGAAGUACGUUGCGAGGACAGAGCAAGAGAUCUUGAACAGGAUAAAAGACAAGGAGAUGAUCUUAGCUGAGCUGAACACCAAGAUGGACGGCGUCAAGACCUACGGCGAGCGAGAGCGCGGCGAUGUGGAAACGCUGCUGGACGAGGCUGCCGCCUCCCUGGACCGCCUCCGAACCCAGGUGGUGGGCGGAGUCCAGCAGCAGAUGGGGGCGGUGCUGUCCAGGGGCGAGGGCCAAGUCGUCCUACUGGAGUCGGAACUCAGACAGCUGAUGGACAGGCGUGUCCGGCUGGAGGCGCAGGCGGUCAGUCAGGACCACAUCGGAUUCCUGCAGAGCUUCUCGGAAGCUACGUCGCCGUUGGGCUCGGAUGUGCCCGUUAAUGUGGACGACCUGGACCUCAACCUCCACUUCAACCUGGGCUGGGUUAAGUCGGCGUUGGCCGAAGUUCGCGACAAGAUGGAGGACGCCAGGUUGGGUGGGGCCGGGGGCGGCACCAGAGGAUCCGUGGCUUCCCUGCCGCCGGGUGACCCGAUGAUGGCGGCGGACAGCAUGCUCAGUCUCAGGGGAAGCAGCAGCAGCCUGAGGAGGAGCCAAUGGGGACUCAGAGACAUGAAGAAGAUGAAGCCGGUGUCGGGUCACAAGAAGGCUCGUGUGUACAUGGAGGACGUGACCUUGAACCCGAUGACGGCGUACCCGUUCUUGAUCUUGUCAGAGGACAGGAAGCAGGUCAAGCGUGGCGAGAAGCUGCAGUUUUAUCGUAACAGCCAACAUCGAUUCGACGUGUGGUCGUGCAUCAUCACCAAGGAAGGAUAUGCUACCGGACGACACUACUGGGAGGUGCUGGUGGGCGAGAACAAGGAUUGGAAACUGGGUGUGGCGAGCGAGUCGGCGCAGAGGAAGGGCCUGUUUGACAUGAGCCCCGCUAACGGAUAUUAUGCCCUUUGGUGGAGCGGCAGCCAACUGCGAGCGCUCACCGCGCCGCCGCUCACCAAGGUGAAGGCUCCGCCCAAGUUGCGUCAAGUGGGCGUGUUCCUGGACGUAGAGGCGGGUCAAGUGUCCUUCUACAACUCCAAGUCAAGUUCCGAGAUCUUCAGCUUCAACUGUGCCGAGUUCACCGAGCAGAUGUUCCCGCUCCUCGGCACCGGAGACAAAGAGGUGCCCCUGGUCAUCAUGCCCUGACGCGUUCACCCGUCUGGGUGGGUAAACUGUCCGUUUGCAAUGAACCGACAAUGCGUGAACGAUUGCCACCGCGUUGGAGAUACUUGACUUUUGUCUGACUCGCUACGUACAUUUUGAUGUAUUGGGCGAGACGGUUGAGACAUCAGUCAAAUGACAAAUAGUUUCUCGGGCACACGUAAUGACGUCAUCGCUCUUCCAUAAUUACAAUGAACUGGAUCAAUGUUGCUGGAGCUUUCAUAACACUUCGACGAAUAAAUAGAUUCAAAUCACA